AUGUUUGUUUGCGCAGCGUCCAGCGAGGUGACAAAGCUUCAGCAGCACUUGGCGCUGCUGAAGGAGGAGUACAGUAAGCUGCAGAGCCACUGUGCAGAGGUGGAGCGCAAGUAUACACUUGCGGCCGCAUCGGCCGGUGACUUGAGCGAGACGAGUUUCGUCGCGCGGCUGCUCAUGACCGUAGCGACACUCUACGGCAGAGAAACCUAUUCAGACAUACAAAUAAAGCUACAGAGCAAGUCUAUGCCAGGUCAUAAGUUUGUCUUGUGUGCCCGGUCUGAUGAUUGGAAUGAAGAAGCAUUAAAAGACCUGCAGGAGUUGGACUGGUCAGUGCUCCCGGACGAUGUCGGUGCAGCGCUGCUCAAAUGGCUUUACACAGAUGUGGUGGACCUGACUCGGGGAGACAUGUUUGCACUUCAGCUCAUGAAGUCCGCAGCCAACUUCAAGCUUAAUGGUUUGGUGGGAAAGUGUGAACAGGCCCUUAUUGCCAGUGUGGGAGUCAGGACUUGUGUGAAGUUCUACUCUGCCGCUGAUGAGAUUGGGGCAUCAGCUCUCAAAGAACAUUGUUCUGGACUUAUUUCUGCUCACUGGGAUGAUCUCACAGGCGAAGACUUCGCUCACAUGUCGUCCGCCCUGCUGUACCGCAUGCUGAAGAGCAAGACGCCGCAGCCGCUGCACGGCGCCGUCCGGCUGCUGCGGGAAGACGUGGUCUUCCUGUGCCUCGUCGAGAACCACGCCAAUCUAACAGACAUCGUGAACGCGAUGUCGUCGCGCGGGGAGCUCCCCCUGGAGCUGGCCCUCCGCGGCCACAGCACCUCCAUCGCCACCACCCUUCUUCAGCACUGUGCGGAUGCCAACGCUAGGGGCGCCCGCGGCAGGACCUUACUGCAUCGGUCUAUAGACUCGAGAGACUCGUUUUCCGCUAAGUUUUUGGUAGACAACGGGGCCGACUGUAACCUCACUACCAAGGAGGAAGGCGACACUGCAUUGCACCUUGUAGCCGGAUUGACUGCAAGCUCUUGCGAUGAGGAAACUAUGGACCAGAUGGCAGAAAUCACGGAAGUCAUGAUUGAAAAAGGCGCUGAUAUUAAUAGACAAAAUCGGAAAGGAUUCACACCACUACAUCAAGCAGUCAUAGCACGAAAUCAAAGGAUAUUCGAUCUCCUACUCAAACAGCCAGCUUUAGACACGAACUUGCGAACUCUAACCGACGAGCAUCCACCUCUCUACUACGCACUAGUCGACGACAGACGGGCUUCGAUCUCUUCCAGCGAAACUCUAGUCAUGAAUGGGUCUAACCCAUUCGAUACGCCAGUGACCAAUACUGCGGCGUUUACUGAAGACCCGGUGGAGGGAAGGAAUGAGAGUAUCGUGGAGAGAGGGUUUGCUGCUAAGCUGUUGGCGAGAGGGUGCCAAAUGAAUCCGGUGUAUUCCGGCUCUGGAGAUAGCUUACUACAUAUUCUGGCGCAGGGAUGGUUUGAGGACUCGGCUGUAUUUCUGACGGCGCAUCUAAACGGUGAUCUUAACCAUACGAACGAGGCGGGCCUCACAGCUUUACACGCAGCGUGCGCUAACGGCCUGGCGCGCCUCACGGCCUCGCUGUUAGAACACGGAGCGAGGCCCAACUUGCAGACCUCGUAUGGGGAGCAGGAAGAUACUGUGUACAGGCAAACUCCCCUCCACCUAGCCGUGCUAAGCAACCACGAGGCGGCCGUCCUGGCCGUCCUGGAACACAAGAAACUCGUCGAGAAAGGCGACAUGCCCGCCACUGAUAGAAGCAACGUCAGCUUAUUGCCUAAUCUUAACUUGAAGAACUCUGAGGGAGACACGCCUGUUAGCCUGGCUCUAUCUGAAGGUCACAAAAAUCUAGUGGCGCCCCUGAUAGAGUCCGGGGCGGACCCUAACGUGCGCAACGGCAAGGGGUUCACAGUGCUACACCAGGCCAUUGUGGAAGAGGACUCCAAAACCGCCAUCUAUCUGUUAGAUCACGGAGCAGAUAUGGAUUCCUUAACGGAAGCCGGCGAAACGCCUCUACAACUCGCCAUACACUGUCGCCUCGGACUCGUGGUAGAAGCUCUGUGCGUGAGGGGCGUAGACAUGAGUCGCCUCGACGCCAACGGAGUGCCGCCUCUGUGGGCAGCCCUUGAUUCUGGACAGGAAGAAGUUGCCAGCAUUCUGGUACGAAAUGGCGCUGAUGCUGACUGCUGGGGACCAGGGCCUGAUGGCUGCUUGCAAACUUUACUACACAAAGCUAUAGACGAAAACAAGGAAAAUCUAGCGACAUUCCUGAUCCGUUCCGGCUGUGACGUGGAGUCGUCACGCCGCGCGGGCGCUGCGGGGGAAGGCGCUGACGUCGCCAACGAGAAGCAGUCGCCGCUGCAUCUGUGCUGCACCUGGGGGCUCACUGAUGUUAUACAGACUUUACUAGAACACGGCGCCAACAUCAACUCCAAAGACUCCGAAGGCAAGACUCCCCUCCACAUCGCGAUCGAGAACCAGCACGAGGGCAUCAUCUCUCUCCUUCUCUCCCAGCCGGGCAUAGACUUGUCUGCGAGGGACAACAAGGGCGUGUCGCCUUUCGCUGCCGCGCUUACUGCUAGGAAUAAUAAGGCUGCGCAAGCUAUACUCACGAAGAAUCCGUCCGCAGCGGAACAGGUGGACAAGAAAGGGCGGAACUUCCUCCACGUGGCGAUACAGAAGUGCGACAUGGAGAGCGUGAUGUUCCUUCUGUCUGUAGAAGUGGACGUCAACUCGCGCAUACAGGACAGCAGCACGCUAGCGCCGCCCUUGCACCUGGCGGCCGCGGUCGGCAACGAGGUGCUGCUUCGGAGUCUUCUACUCGCGGGCGCGAGGCCCAACGAUCGGGAUGCUCAGAAACGCACCGCCCUGCACUUGGCCGCCGGCGCCGGGCACGCCAGCAUCGUGUCGGCGCUGCUGAGCGGCGGCGCGGAGUGCGGCGCGGCGGACGCGGCCGGCGACAACGCGCUGCACGUGUGCGCGCGCGAGGGACACGCCGCCGCCGCGCGCGCGCUGCUCGCCGACUCCGACGUCGACGCCGCCGCCGUCAACCUCAAGGGUCGCAACCCCAUGCACGAGCUGGCCUGGUGCAAGAAGGACAACGCCGCAGCGAUCUGCGAAAUAUUCAUUGAGCUGAUGCCAGACUACCCCAUCAACAGAACUGAUUUGCAGGGCAAUACUCCGCUUCUGUUAGCGUAUAUGAACGGGCAAGCGGCCAUGUGCAGGGUGUUGGUCCGCGCGGGCGCGUGUCUGGCUCAGGAGAAUAAGGAUGGCGUUUCCAUAUUUAAUUAUCAGGUGGCGACAAAGCAACUGCUGCACCGGCUGCUAGACGCGCUGCCCGCGGAGGCGCCGUGGGCCGAGAGCGACCUGUGCCAGGAGUGCGGCACCAAGUUCACGCUCACCAUGAGGAAACACCACUGUCGUCAUUGCGGCCGAAUGCUGUGCAACAAAUGUUCGAACCAAGACGUCCCCAUACUGAAGUUCGGUAUGAACAAACCGCAGCGAGUGUGCGAGAUAUGCUUUAAAGUGCUCCAAGUGGGCGCCAGUUAGUGCCGCUGUGUUGGCAACACCGGCGACGAUAUUGAUCGUUAGACGUCAAGCGUAAGAUUGGAUUUCCACUACCCACACAGUCAAAUGCCCUUUCUUAAACCUUAUU